UUGGCAACGGAGCCGCUUCCUCGUUCCCACACAGCUGGUCGCUCCUGGUCGUUUACAACUUUUCUCGUCGCAAAGUAAAAGCCGCUGUCUGCAGCAGCAGCGCAGAUGAAAGUGACGGUCCCGCUGCAUGAUCCCUGCAGCACAGAUUCAGCUCACCUCAGACUGUUUUAUUCAUUUGAUCUGGCUGUAAGAUCUGCUGCAGUUUCCACAUAUUAGGCUACAAAAGUUAGGAAUUGUAUUAUUGUAAUGAAGAUUUUCUCCAGUUUUCUCCAUUCUCCAGUUGUCACUUCAUUUAUUUAUUAUUAUUAUUAUUAUUAUAAAGUAUUAAACCUUCCUGAGUCAUACACAGACUGAUAGAAAUAGAAAAACAUGGACUCGGAGUAUAUAAAAAGACAUCUUGGAAAAUGUCUGGCAGAGGGACUGGCUGAAGUGGCCGAGCAGCGCCCUGUGGACCCCAUCCUGUAUCUGGCACACUGGCUUUACAAGUACAAUGAAAAUGUUGAAUAUGAGGCAGAGAAAAAGGCCCAUUUGGCUCUCCUGGAGCAGGAGCAGGUGAAAGCCAGAGAGGAGGCGUUGCACCAGGAGAAGCUGAGGGAGGAGGAGCAAAAGAUCAGUGGGGCCUUGGAAGAAUCUGAAAAAAUCUCUGAGAAGGAGGCUACAGGGUCUGAUGCUCCAGCGCCAGCCACAGAAGGAGGUGCUGAGGACAACAAACCUGUGACAGAGGAGAAACUAAACACUCCUCCUGAAAACCAGCAGGGCACAGAUGAACUACAAGCUGAAGCUCAAGAAAAUGACACUGAACAGGAGGUGAAGGUUACAGAUAAUGUAACCAGUCCAGGGUCUCCCGGGAGAAAACCUGUGGAGGAGGCUAGCUCUCCCCCCUCUGAAACCCUCAGCACAGAGGUCAAAGAAGAGUCUGCAGAAGUUCCUGUUAAAAAAAAGGAAGUGGAGCCACAGAGCGAUCAAGCAGAAGAGAAAACAGAAGAGCUGCGUGACAAUCAGGUGGAGGAGAAAACAAAGGAGGAGGCAAGCAUCCGUCAAGCAGAGGAGAAAGACCAAGAUGAGGACAAGGUGGUUGAUCAGGCUGACACCACUGAACCUGAGCAGACUGAACCGCACUCGACACCUGACAGACACCAAGACGCUGAUGAUUUAAAAACAGACGAAACAGAAGAGCCACACGACAAACAAAGCCCUUGUUCCCCUGGCCCUCGAGACCCAGAGAAGAGGGUUGAUGAAGACGAAACUGAUAAACCUGCAGAUUCCAUCCCUGUAGAGUCAGCCUCAGCACCACAGAGUGACGAUCUCACACCAGAGGAGAGAUUUUCUACUGAACAAGAGGCGACAAAAACUGAGCAGGAGACACACAAAUCAAGUUCUCCUCCUCUUCAGGACCAGGAAAAGGAGGCAGACGGGCAACACACAAGUGAGACCACUGAUAGCUCGGCUUUGGCUGAGAGUGACAAAACAGUAGAGGGGACAGUGUUGAAUGAAAGACCAGAGACUUCACAAGGGGAACAUGAAAGGUCUCCUUCUGACAAGGAAGACUCCAAGGAGCAGGGAGAAGAAAAAGAAGACAACCACACAUGAUCAAGUCAGUGUUUUUCUGACGGCGUUUACAUAGGUUUGAAUGAAUUUAUAGCUUCAGUAUACAUUUAGUUUAAUGAAUAUAUACACAAAUAUAAAUGGAAAAAAAAUAAACAUUUCUCACCAAUCAUGACGUAUUUAUUUGUUGUAUUUCAGUGUCUAUGUGACUAAAUUGUUAAAGACGCUCUCCAGACAUGUUUUGAGAAAUUAAAAUAUCCCCUAUG